CAGUUGAACACGUUUCAUCCACUCCUGGAAACUCCGGGUGAUCCCUGGACGUUAUGGGCGUACCUACGUGGUCCCGCAUCACAGAGGAGUAAGGUGAGGGGACGGGGUCACAUCUCCAUAAAUACUUGGUGCGCGCGGAGACUUUGGAUGUACCCUGGAGGAGUAAAUACUGCCGGAGGAGCAUCGCGCACGGGACAGGAGCGGCGACUUUCCUGCAAGCUGAUUCCUCAUCUGUAGGAGAGGGGCUGAGCGGCGUACAACGGCAAAACGCGUGAAAAAAACAAACACCUUGCGGUGCCUCUUGUUUGAUAUGGGAAGUCUAUGAUUCCAUAUCGGCAGAGGUAUACAUUUUCUUCCCCACAGAGUGCGAUGUAGCUCACCUCCACGGCCCGGAGAGAACUACUUGUCAAGAUGACAGCGCUUACACCUUUGAGCCGCGCUGUGCUCGGACUCGCCUGGAGCUGCCUGAGUUUUCUGUCCUGCGCUCAUUGCGGGUUAAGUGACAACCAUGUGCACUCCAGUUUUAUUUACAGGAGGUUGCGCAAUCACGAGCGCAGGGAGAUCCAGAGAGAGAUCCUCUCCAUCCUGGGCUUGCCCCACCGGCCGAGGCCCUUCUCUCCCGGGAAGCAGGCGUCCUCCGCGCCGCUCUUCAUGCUCGACCUGUACAACGCCAUGGCCGUGGAGGAGGAGGAGGAGGUGGCGAGGGUGCAGCAGCAGCAGCAGCAGCAGCAGCAGCAGCAGGGCGCGGGCAAGAGCUUCGGUGCCAAGGCUCAAGGGCACUCCAGGAAAGGGUACUACAGCCCCCAGCAUGCCGGGUACUCGCGUGUGGCGCAGCCUUACCGCGCGGCCCCUCUGUUAGGCCACAGCCCCGCGCUCACCUCAGCGCACGACACCAACUUUCUCAACGACGCCGACAUGGUCAUGAGUUUUGUCAAUUUAGUCGAGAAAGAUAAAGAUUUUUCUCAUCAGCGACGACACUACAAGGAGUUCCGUUUUGAUCUGACUCAGAUCCCGGACGGAGAGGCGGUGACUGCUGCAGAGUUUCGGAUCUACAAGGACCGCAGUCAUUCCCGCUACGACAAUAUCACUCUGAAGGUUUCCAUAUAUCAAGUCAUCAAGGAAUAUCAAAACAAAGACGCAGAGACGUUCUUGCUUGACUCCAAAAAGGUCCAGGCGUCCGAUGGGGGCUGGCUAGUGUUUGACAUCACAGCCACCAGUAACCACUGGGUGAUGAACCCACAGCAGAACUUGGGCCUGCAGCUCUGUGUGGAGACUGUUGAUGGACGAAGUAUCAACAUAAAGUCUGCUGGAAUCAUUGGGAGGAAUGGGCCUCAGUCCAAACAGCCGUUCCUGGUUGCUUUCUUCAAGGCCAGCGGGGUGUUGCUUCGCUCUGUCAGAGCUGCUGGGGGGAAGAAGAAGAACCACAAUCGCAAUAAAUCAACCAGUCAACAAGAAUCAUCUAGGGCACCGAAACCCGGAGAUCACAACACAAGCGAACAGAAGCAAGCCUGCAAGAAGCAUGAACUUUAUGUAAGCUUUCGAGACCUGGGCUGGCAGGAUUGGAUCAUUGCGCCUGAGGGCUACGCUGCUUUCUACUGCGACGGCGAAUGCUCUUUUCCACUCAACGCACACAUGAACGCAACAAAUCACGCCAUCGUCCAAACCCUGGUCCAUUUAAUGUUUCCUGACAAUGUGCCAAAGCCAUGCUGCGCCCCGACCAAGCUCAACGCAAUAUCAGUGCUCUACUUCGACGACAGCUCGAACGUCAUCCUCAAGAAAUAUAGAAAUAUGGUAGUUAGGUCUUGUGGCUGCCAUUAGUGGCCAGGGGGGUGGGGGGGUGGCGGGGGGGUAACUUUUAAUUUAUACUAUCUGGGACAGGAAUCGCUGGAAAACACAUCUGCAGCAGGUGUGAUGUGAUGUACAGUAUUAUGUAUAUAAAGUUUUAUUAUCUAAUUUAUUUUAUUUUCUUUUUUUUUAAAUAGCACUGAAUAUUUUAAUAUUUGAAUGAUUAGGACAAAUUGUUGAUUUUUACUUUGCAACAUUUAUCAUUUAACUUUUGUGUCCGUUGGCAUAUACUCUCUUAGUUACCGUUUGUAUGAUAACUUUUAUGAGAUAACUAUUCACUGGAGACAUCAUGAUACAUAAGAUCGCUUCCCCUCCUGCUUGUUUUAUCCUCCUUCACGGUACACUUGUGCUAUAAAUGCUCUCUGAGAUUGCAGUACGUGAUUUGUUUUCCUCUAUGUUAAUUUUGUACGUUUUUUUUUUUUUUUUUCUGUGUGAUGGACCAAUAAAUGACUGAUACAAAGAGAAUAAUGUUACAAAUGCAGCAACACAAGUUAUUUUAACAAAGGAGAACUCAAGGUGAUGCUGUUAACUUUAAUAUCACAACACGAACAGGCUUUUUUGAAAAUCCAAUUGGCUCGCUGGGAGGAAAACGUAGUGAGUGUUCUCUAAUCUAAACCAAACUGCCCAAAGCUAUUUUCAAGCUGUCACCGUCUUUCAGCACUGAUACUGUUUCACCUUUUACACGCCAGCUUUUUUUUUUUUUUUUUUUUUUUUAUAAGAGAGUGUGUCCUCAGAAGGGGAUUAUGUCAGUCUGGAAUGAACACUGUUUUCUCAUUCCUCUGCGGACUGCAAAUGUCACUCCUCCGCACUAAUUCUAGCAAGUGUUUCGGGAAAGUAUAUCUUCAUGUAGAGUGUUGUGUAUUUUAAUAAAUGUACCA